CGGGUGAUCACAUGUGUUCUUUCCACCCGUCCAUUUCUCCCGGUCCUCCUGCCUACCUGUCGCACUCGAGAUUCAUUUAUUUUGCAUCUACAUCGUCUGCAUCCCUCCCACUCAUCUUCAAUUUCUUCACGGACGGCAAUGAUCUUCCCUUCCAUGGUCGUUACAUCAUUGCGCGACCCGCCGAGGAGCACCCCCCAUGUGCCACCUUACCCUGAACGUCCAGUCCAGUCCCGUUCUCGCAUGUCGCGACAUCUGAGCCCAUCCAUCCCACAGAUCAAAGCGGGGCAUCGCUGAGAGCACAUAAGAAGGCCCCGUCGCCCACAUCCCCCGUAGACCCCCAAAUUCCCACACCUACAUAAUAUUCACCACCAUCAUGACAAACGGCAACGUUCCCGACAUUAAAGAAGGCGACGACGUCGCUUGGAAGUGGGGCUCCGGCCACCCCUCCGGCACCGUCGCUGAAGUCUCCACCGACCCCGACGGUCUCACAAUUACCUCCCAGAAAGGCAACAAGAUCCACAAGAAGGGAUCAGACGACAACCCCGCCGUUCACGUCGAGCGCGAGAAUGGGAAUGAUGUCGUUAAGCGGGCCAACGUGAAAGCCGACUCUGCCGACGACAAGGAGGCGGACAGGAAGGAUAGGGAAGAGGAGGAGCCAGAAAUCGGCGACAAGCGCAAAAAGGACCAAACUGACGACACCGAAACCGAACAAGCCGACGCCGAAGAAGACACCGGCAAAACCAUUAAGAAAGCCAAUACCUCCUCCAAAUCCGAGGCUGGACAGAAGGGUGCUGCGCGUUCUUCUGCGACCAACAAGAAGUCCAAGUCCAAGGACGACGACGAGGACGAGGAGCUCGAGGACGCUGACGCCGACGCCGAUGAGGACGCAGAGGCCGACAACGGCGAGGGCAAGGACCCCCAGAAGGUCGCUGCGGGCAAGAAGGGCGGUUCUUCUAACAAGAAAUCUGACGCAACUGCCAAGAAGCCCUCUUCUCGUCGUGGCUCAAAGGCCUCGGGCAACGAAGAGGUUACUGGGGAUGCGCCGAGUACGAGGACUAGAAGUAAGGCUAAGGCUGAGUAAGAUAUGGGACGAAGAUGUACGAUAUGUCGUUGUAGUGCGGUAAUUGAACUUUAUUUGGCUUUUGCUUUAAAAGGGGAGUGAGGGCGGUAUGUCACGGUCGUGGGAAAGUCUUCGGACAUGUGCACGCCGUACACCGUGAAAGUGUUCGGGCAAGCUGGGUUUUGCAGAACUAGAUUGGCCGG